AUUUUGCAAUAAUCGUGAAUAAUUGAAAGCUGGUCAAGUUGCGUCCCUGGUUUUUAGGGUUUUUAGUAAUGGCCGAUGAUUAUUUUCGUCUGCUAUUUAGUACCUGCACGAUAAAAAAUUUCACAAAAUUGCAAUCACCAAGUAUUUUUAAUGAAAAAGAUAUUAUAAAUUCUCUUUUGCGAAAUUGCACUCUUCGCGUGAUUUUUUAAUCCAACAAAAUUAUUGUAAAGCCGGUAACUAUUUUCUUCACAAACUAGAAUGGCUGUUCAUUUCCUCUCUCGCCGAUUUUGAAGGUCAUUAUUUAAGUAUUUGGUGAAUUUUCCUUCUGCAGAAAAAAAGAAAUCAAAGAAAUGGUGGUGGGUGUCUUUCCAGCCCUAAAAUUGGGCGUUCUUUUUAUCAAACAAAUCAGCAAACCCUUGGCCAAAAUGCUCGUCACUCAAGCCAAGAAUCAUCACGUUUUCCGAACCUAUUUUAUCAUCCCGCCAGCUCAAUUUUACCAUUGGGCGGAGGUAAAGGCAAAAAUGUACGUAAUGAACCUGGGGAAACCAACAAAAGUCGCAAAACUAAACGAGGCGAUGGCAAUUGAACUCGGCGCGAAUUUAGUCGGUGAAAUAAUAAUUUUCACUGUCGCUGGUGGCUGUCUAAUUCUCGAAUACAAUCGACAAGCAACGAAAGAAGCAAAAAAGGAGGAAAUUCGUCAAAUGCAGUUAGAAAAAUUCACAGCCGACAUUCAAGCUCUCUUUGAAACGACACAAGUCCAGGAAGCAGAGAUCAAAUAUCUCAACAACGUCGUCACCGACAUGGCCAAGAAGAACAAAGUCAAACUCCCAGAAAAAAUAGUUCCAGUUCCAGCUAAAAACCAAGUUGAAACGAAUAACAAUUUAACAAUGAGCCAGCUUAGUGAAAAGGAAAGGGAGGCCGAAACCGAAAGGCAAUCUAUCGUCCAUCGAGCAAUUGCUUCUUUCAAAAAGGAAGAUUCUAAGGACGACAAACUCAGUUAAUAAGUUCGACAUCGAUUCUUAAGAAUCAAAGGUUUCCAUUUUAAUGGUUCUUUUAAAUAUUUUCAAAGGAUAUUCAAUAUUUAGACGGUAUAUUUCGAUAUUUAGAGUGAAUAUUUAUUGCAAAUAUUUAUUACCCGAAUGAUGCCUUUUUUAUAAAGAGGCACAAGAAGAUUUCUAAAAAAUAUGUAUCAAUCGACAAAACCGACCGAAGGGAAGUAUUUAGAUUCCUAUUAUUUUUAAUGAAAAUCGAGCCGCGUUUCUUGCUGAUGUGUUUUGUAUCUCUGUGGUUUACAAACCUAGAAGUGGAGAAUGUAUUUUUUUUUUAGUUUUAUUCACUAUUUCAAAGAUUUUAGCUGCCCGAUUUAUCACCUUUUCUCUUCUUCUUUUUUAUUUGAUACAAAUAAUGAAAUACUUGCUUCCCUGAAGGCUCUCUUGUAAAUAUAGUCAAGGCUCGUACUUGUAUUAUACUUACAUACUGGCAAUGUUAAAGUAUAAUAUGUAUAUUAUAUUAUUAGGAUAUACAUGUACAUACAAAUGAAAA